GCCGAGCGACAGAGAAAGCUUCGGUCUCGCCCAUCAUCCCAGCUUUGCUAAAUAUCUUGGUAGCCGAUUCUUCCAACCAUUUUUCCUCCACAAAAGCAAUGGAGGUGACGAUGGAUCCUUUGUUUUUGGCGUGGAGCUAUUUCAGGAAGCGAAAGCUCCAACAAUGUUCAGAUAUUUGCACAAAAAUAUUACAAGACAACCCGUACGACCAGGACUCCUCCUUAACUAUCUCAGAGGCUGCAUGGAGCUUGAAAACCCGUGCUCUUACAGAGAUGGUAUACAUAGAUGAAGUUGAGGUCGACCAGGAGGGGAUUGCUGAGAUGAUGCUGGAUGAGAGUUCUAUUGCUCAAGUUGCACGACCCGGAACAUCACUGAGGCUUCCUGGAACAAGUCAUGGCGGAGGUGCCACACCUGCUGUCAGGCCUAUGACGCAAUCCGGGCGUCCUAUCACAGGAUUUGUGAGACCCAGCACACAGUCAGGGCGUCCUGGAACAAUGGAACAGGCCAUCAAGACCCCACGCACUGCAAGCACUGCUCGUCCUGUCACUAGUGCUUCUGGCAGAUUCAUCCGUCUGGGGACAGCUUCAAUGUUAACCAAUCCAGAAGGACCUUUUAUAAACUUGUCAAGACUAAACCUGGCCAAGUAUUCCCAAAAGCCUAAUUUAUCCAGGACACUGUUCGAGUACAUCUUCCAUCAUGAAAAUGAUGUAAAAAAUGCUUUAGAUUUGGCUGCUCAAGCUACGGAACAUGCUCAGUUCAAAGACUGGUGGUGGAAAGUUCAGCUGGGAAAAUGCUACUACAGACUUGGUUUAUAUCGAGAAGCAGAAAAACAGUUUAGAUCAGCUCUCAACCACCAAGAGGUGGUAGAUACAUAUCUCUACCUUGCAAAGGUGUAUCUGCGCCUGGAUCAACCAAUAACAGCGCUUAACCUUUUCAAGCAAGGCCUGGACCACUUUCCUGGUGAGGUUACUCUUCAAACAGGAAUCGCUCGCAUACAUGAGGAGAUGAACAACAUCUCAUCAGCCACGGAGUAUUACAAAGAUGUCCUGAAGCAGGACAACACCCACGUCGAGGCUAUUGCCUGUAUAGGCAGCAAUCACUUCUACACUGAUCAGCCUGAGAUCGCCCUGCGCUUCUACAGACGGCUACUCCAGAUGGGGGUGUAUAACUGCCAGCUGUACAACAACCUGGGCUUGUGCUGCUUCUACGCCCAGCAGUACGACAUGACUCUGUCCUCAUUUGAGAGGGCUCUGGCCCUGGUGGCCAAUGAUGAGGAACAGGCUGAUGUGUGGUACAACCUAGGACAUGUGGCUGUGGGCAUAGGGGACUUGACACUGGCCCACCAGUGUUUUAAAUUGGCUUUGGCUUUUAAUAAUGACCAUGCUGAGGCCUACAACAACCUCGCUGUGCUGGAGCUGCGCAAAGGUCGUAUCGAACAGUCAAAAGCCUUCCUGCAGACUGCUGCAUCACUGGCCCCUCACAUGUAUGAGCCACACUUCAACCUCUCCAUUCUUUCUGAAAAGAUUGGAGACCUUCAAAGCAGCUUCACUGCCGCCCAAAAGUCUGAGGACUCCUUUCCGGAGCAUGUCGACACUCAGCAGCUUCUUAAGCAACUUCGGCAGCACUUUGCAGUGCUGUGAGCAUCCGAGCAGCAUGCUUAGGAAGCGAGGUGUGGUUUGAAUAAUCUAGAUGUCAAAGACAAGAGAUAUUUCGCUGUGGUGUUAGCUAUCAGGCUUCAGAACAAAAAGGGUCUUAGCAGAUUAGUUGGCAGAUUAGUCAGACAUGGAAAUCUACAAAUGGGCAUUAGUUUGGGGUUUGUAUCGCGUUGGAAACAUUCUGCGCACCAGCGUUGAAUUUGGAUGUUACUGGCUUUGUUAUGGCAUGUCUGUUCGUUUGUACUUUUCUCCCCAUUCUUCUUUAAUCCCUCUGAUCCACAAGCUUUGCGUUUUUAUUUACACACUCUCUGGUCACUGGUAGUUCGUUUUUUUCCACACGAAAAGGCCAACAAGACAGACGUUUAAUAUUUAGCUCCAGUGGUUAGGUUAACACUUACUGGUUUUCUAAUAAUAAAUGUCUGUGAGAUUUGCAAGCUUAAUUUAACAACUCCAUGCUAACUGACGCUCUCAGUGCUGCUUUGGCACGCAACAUAUGACUUGCAGGAAUGUACAGUUUAUGUGACUGUAUGUGUUUUCUUGAUAAAUUGGUUACCAAGUGUACAGAUCUAUAUAGUAGUAAUUCAUUUGUACAUGGUAAAGCUAAUAUUAGUAUUUAUUACAGUAAAAUGGUUAACUUGUAUUUAAAGUUAAUUUCAUAAAUCAGAUGUAUUUUUCAUAUUAUGACCUUUCUUGCCAUUGACAAUAUUGACAUGACAAUAAAAAGAUUCAGAAGA